GUCUUCAGUUUUGAGCAAUCUGUUUGUAUGUUGCGUCUAAUCAGCGUUAUUCUCCGCAGUUUCGACGGAGACGGUUGAAAAUCCGCCAUGAGUAUGGCCUCAAGGUUGCCUGGUGACAUUAUCUACCUCAUCGUCGAGAUCCUGGGACAAGAGAGGGACUUCAACAGCCUAUUCCAGUGUGCUGUGUCUGCGAAAUGUUUUACUGAGCAAGCUGUCACCACUAUAUAUAAAUCACACGAACUCUCUCCUGUCAGAGGCGGCGGGACUGAACUUGGCAGCCUGGACUCGACACAUACUCGACGAAAAUGGGCCACUAUGUGGCGCUCUAUCGUGCUUUCUGCUCUUGAUCAAACCUAUCUUCCGUACUACAGUUACAUCCGGUACUUGGAUCUCAACGAUUUAUCGAAUCUCCUCAGCCAUAGUUCGUUCACCGGGAAGAUUAAAGACGAGUUCUUUACUCCCGAACUUCGGGACCUUGUGUCUCACGAUUAUGAGCUCAAGGGAAAUAAACGUCUUCGCUCACAGCGGAAUCUGCCUGACAAUGAUUGGAUCUUAUCCAAGAUCGGUACUGACUCCCUUGGAUAUGCAACCCCAUUCAUGGUUGUCCUUCUAAAAGCUGAGAAGAUCAAAGCUAUUAUCAAAAGAACUACCUCGAUACGCGGAAUGUCCUGCGACAUCAGACCUUCACUACUAGCCGAGUGGCUGGGGAAACUGCCAUUGUUACAGAAUCUGACUAUCUGGUCUGGAGUUUCCCUAACUGACCAUGCCGGUGACAAAAUCCGAACCUACUGCCCUGAUUUCAAGCAAAUCACGAUAUAUCGAUGGAUCGACGAACAAGGCCGAAAUUCGGAGAUUGAUGCUGAGGAGUUUCUCCACGGACUCCAGCCUCACAGUCUUGAGUAUUUCGAGAUGCUGAGCUCUUGUCACUUAGGGCCACGCUCGAUAAGAGCUAUCGGCACGCAGUUGAAAUCACUAAAAGAGCUGAAAUUGACAAGCCUUGGGAUCGAAGCAAUUGCAGAGUUGCUUUCAUUAACCGCGCCGCCAGUGCUGGAGGUGCUUGUGUUGACCGAUUCAAUACCAGCAGCGCGGAACGAAGACUUUUAUUCCACAGUCAAUCGAGUUGCCGAUUGGAUUGGUAGCUGCAAGGCACUGCGACACCUGGAGCUUAGAAGAUUUGUCGAUGACACGUUUCUACUGGCUCGUGUCCUGGUUGCCGAGGACAUUAAGCUACUGAGUUUGUCUCUGACUGGGUAUACAAUGGUUGGCUCUCGUCGGUUCCACAGAGCUUUGGCAUCUCAAGAUUCACUGCGACGUCUCAGUCUCCGAGGUGAAGGGUCCGAGAUCCCCGAAGAUAAUGAGUUGCUUGUCCAAGCCAUUUGCCAGCUACACAAUCUGCAUGAACUUGAGCUCAAGGAUAUUUCCGAUUAUUUCACACCUGAUCAUCUCAUAUCACUCACACCAUAUCUUCCCCAUUUGGAGAAAUUGUGGAUCGGAGGUGACCUCUUCAAUGAUGACGUAUGGAAUGCAUUUUUAUGCCUUCCAAAGCUACGAAGUCUGGCCAUCCAUGCGCUCAGCGAGUUCACGGCUCAGGGUAUACUCGAUUUCAUCGCGCAAUUGGGGCCCGGUAACACAGGAAUGAGUCUCACGAUUUUGAACUCAAUAACAAGUCUCACAGAGGAAGCACAGAGCUUAAUCCGCGACAUUUUGAAACACAAGCUUGAUGGGACCUUUGACUUCGGUCUUGCACAGGAAGAAUUCAGCGACACCGACACGGAAGGGAUGUCAGACUGAUUGACGAGAAUACAUCUUGAACGAGCCAGCUUAGGAGCUAGAGUUACCUUGGGCUCAUAUUUUCGAUAUGCCCAAAAUGUAGAGAUAGUUGUCGGUUUUUUGUAGAGCAAUCUCCGUGUCGCAGAGUCUGAAAUUCAUGUAUUACUCAAAACCUAGCCUUCAGCC